ACUGUGAGAGUCAGGCCCUGGACCUUCGUCGCCAUUGAGCAAAGCUAAUAUUCUUCCCGGCAUAUGGUCCCCCAACAUUUUUGCUAGAGAUCCAGGAAAAUAAACAAAACAACAAAAUCCCAUUGCCACCUUGGAGCCCCACCCAACUUCCAGGCUGCCUGAAAACUUCUUGGCUCUCCGGAAGGUGCACUGCUAGACACAGCUGUCACUGUCAGGGCGCAUGCAUAUGGGGACCUGCUACUGAGAUGCGGUGCAAGCCUUGCAGCUGACUGCGACGCGGGAGCUCCAUUGCCGCUGGCAGGGACAGUUCUGCCCCAGAGACCACAAGUAUGAAUACCACAGACAGUGGUGUCAACUGUUUAUGUGCCAUCUGUGGUGACAGAGCAACAGGAAAGCACUAUGGGGCGUCCAGUUGUGAUGGCUGCAAAGGCUUUUUCAGGCGCAGCAUUCGGAAGAGUCAUGUUUAUUCCUGCAGAUUCAGUCGGCAGUGUGUUGUUGACAAGGACAAAAGGAAUCAAUGCAGAUACUGUCGAUUAAGAAAGUGUUUUAGAGCAGGAAUGAAAAAAGAAGCGGUGCAAAAUGAGCGCGACAGAAUCAGUACAAGAAGAAGUACCUAUGAGGGCAGCAACAUUCCCUCCAUAAACACUCUGGCACAAGCGGAAGUGAGAUCUCGCCAGAUUUCAGCCCCAAGCCCCAGUUCCAGCACUGACAUAAAUAUUAAGAAAAUCGCAAGCAUCAGUGACGUUUGUGAGUCCAUGAAACAACAGCUCUUAGUCUUGGUGGAAUGGGCCAAAUACAUCCCUGCCUUCUGUGAACUGCCCUUGGAUGACCAGGUGGCCCUGUUGAGAGCUCAUGCUGGAGAACACCUACUGCUUGGAGCUACAAAGAGAUCCAUGAUGUAUAAAGAUAUUUUGCUUUUGGGAAACCACUAUGUUAUUCACCGCAACAGCUGUGAAGUUGAAGUCAGUCGCGUAGCCAAUAGAGUUCUCGAUGAGCUGGUUAGACCCUUCCAGGAGAUACAGAUAGAUGACAACGAGUACGCGUGCUUGAAGGCCAUUGUGUUUUUUGACCCAGAUGCAAAGGGAUUGAGUGACCCUGUGAAGAUUAAGAACAUGCGGUUCCAGGUGCAGAUCAGCCUGGAGGACUACAUCAAUGACCGGCAGUAUGACUCUCGCGGCAGGUUUGGAGAGCUGCUGUUGCUGCUGCCAACACUGCAGAGCAUUACCUGGCAGAUGAUUGAACAAAUUCAGUUCGUCAAACUGUUCGGCAUGGUCAAAAUUGAUAACCUCCUUCAGGAAAUGCUGCUGGGUGGUGCUGCCAAUGAUAGUAGUCAUCUCCAUCAUCCAAUGCACCCACAUUUAUCUCAAGAUCCACUAACUGGGCAAACUCUACUUUUAGGUCCCAUGUCCACACUGGUUCAUACAGACCAGAUUGCAACUCCAGAAACCCCACUCCCUUCCCCACCACAAGGCUCUGGACAAGAACAGUACAAAAUUACUGCAAACCAAGCUUCAGUCAUUUCACAUCAAUCCCUCUCUAAGCAAAAGCAGCUGUGAGAUGGGGAUUCCUUCUGAAUGGCACUGCAUAAAUGUGAAACACAUUGGUCUUCAAAUAUCUCAGGAUGAUACUUUUGUCUACAUCAGGCAAGGCUUCUUAAUGGUGCUGUUAUAAGAUGGUAUCCUGUUUUCUUGUUUGUAAAUACAUUUUGUUUAUUGUUGCUGUGAAGUAAAGAUUUCAUAUGCUUUAUUUUCCUAUGUAUAUUUGGGUUUGAAGUGUAUUGUUUCCAACUGUUCCUGCACUGUGCCUGAACCACUUAUAUAUGACUUCCAUGUUUUCAUAAUAUUAACUUAAAUCUGUAAAUACUUGCUUUGUUAUGAUCUGAUACAGAAAUAAGUAUUCUUUUUUUUAGAUAAAAAUGCUAGUUAAUAUAAAAAUCAACCAAGUUUUUGUUUGUUUGUUUGUUUAUUUUUGUUUUUAAAUAAAAAACAAACUGUAAACUUGAGGAUUACAAAAGGAUUAGCAGUGGCUGUAGAAUAGAGUAUUUCUCUGAUGAAGAAUAUAUCAUAGACUGCUGAGGCCAGCAGUAAAUGUGGCUGUGUUAAAUUCUGAGAAACAGCACCAUUGUAAAGAAGACAGAAUACUUUUUGCAAUGUGACUGCACUUCAAGAGAUCUGCUAAAGAAAAGUAUGCUACUUCUUUUAGUUACCAUAGAAGCCAAAGGAAAACAAAGAAAUAUGAAACUGUAUUUCAACCAAAAAUGACAUUCAUUUUUUACUGUUGGGAAAUCUGGAAAAUCACCCAUUCAUUGGAACUUAGCAUGUCCCCAUACCCAGUUCUUUGGGAAGACAAAGGAGUCCUUCUAGAGUAACCUGUGUUAGUUCAAGAUAUGCAAGUAUGGCAGAAAAGAUUCUGGGAAUCAAGUCACUGAUUACAUUUGUUCAACCCAGUUCUGGUUGGUGAAUGUGUCACCAAAGAAUACAUUAAAUUAUUACAGUAUGCUUUUGAAAAUAUACAAUGGCUGAUGAUGGAAUGUUAUCUGUCAUGCUACUCUUAAAUGUAAAUAACAAGUUGUUGGCAGUACAUGCAUUGAGGAAGAGAGCAGUUUUGUAUCUUUUACCAUCCUCAUAUCUUCUCCUAAAAUACUAAAGAAGAUAAAAUAUACACUAGAUAUAUUUUUAUGACUUAGGAAUUUUCGCAACAUAGAAAUUUGCUGAACAUUUAAUUCUAGAUUGAUAAGUAGCCCCAACUAUUUGAGAUAACCCAUGGUCGGGAUUUAUUUUAAAAACACUAAAAAUCAACAAUAACAAUAUGUAUCAGUGUU